AUUCCAUUCUAUAUACACCCACGACACCGCGAUACGAAGGUUAAAAAACACAAGCAACAGAAAAGAAAAAAGAAACAAUGCCUUCAGGAUCGUGUUUCUGCACCGCCAUAAAAUUCACCUUCACAGGCGAACCCCUCGUAAAAGCUCUGUGCCACUGCACCGACUGCCGCAAGCUAAGCGGCUCAACCUACACCACCAACCUCCUCAUCCCAUCUUCCUCCUUCACCCUGCUAUCCGGGACCCCUAAACCCGUGCCCAAAACGUCAGACGCCGGGAACGCGAUUACGAAUUUCUUCUGUGGGGAGUGUGGGUCGCCUCUUUGGGGGAAGGGGGCGUUUGGAGAUGAUUUGGUGCUUAGGGCUGGGGUGGUGGAUUGGGAGGAAGGGAAAGAAAAUGGGAUGAGCGAGGGCGCGAGGCCGAGUGUCGAGUUGUUUGUUCAGAGGAGGGUUGGGUGGGUUGAUGGGGUUGAGGGGGCGAAGGGGGUUGUGGGGAUGGGGAAGGGGAAGGGGGAAGUUGAGGGGGUGUGAUUUGUGCGUGUAUUUUGUUGGGGAUGGGGGUGGGUUUUUGAGGAAAGGGCGGUGCUUUUGUGUUGGAUGAUGCUGCGGGACGCAUGGAGAUGAGGUACUAAACGACGACGAGAGAGAGAGAGAGAGAGAAAAGUCAAACAGCAAAAUGCCCUCGACCCUCUCCUCAAGAGGCAACACUUCCUUCCUCCGCCGAAACAGCAAAUCAGUCCUCAAGGUAAUCUUUAUCCCACUCUCAACCUCCUGCCCCGAAUGCAACAACCCUUUAUGCUGGAACACCAACACCCUCCCAAUUUUCGGAACAACAUGUACCUCCUUCCCCACGGCGUCUUCCCCGUCGAGAUCAAUAUGAUGGAACGUCGUUGCACCCCCAACAAGCGGAUUCUCCGCAUCCGCCUCAUUCAGAUACAAAUGCAGCGUGAACAUUGUGCGUUCGCCGCCACCACCACCAUACGAAUCCGAAGAAGACGGAUCGCGAGGACGCUCAUACGCGCCGUCUUCAUGCGGUUUGAAAUACUCGCCUUCGCCGUACUUUAGAAACCGCAAGCGCUCGUUGAGCCCGACGACGUCCCAGAUCUCGCCGUCGCGGACGGGCCGCGGGCCAGUGAUUUUCGGCUGGUUGGAAAGGGAGUGGAUUUCCAUGAGGUGCGGGGCGACGCGGGUCCAGAGGCGCGAGGCGACGGUGUGCGAGUCCCAGAGGAUGCGGGACGAGUUGCGCACGUCGGUGGCGAGGCGCAUUGUGUUUUGGCCGGAGCGCACGAGGGCUUGGUCCCAGACGUUGGCGUUGGAGGCUUCGGCGGCGCCGAUGAGGGAUGUGCAUUCUGAUGGCGUGAGGACGUUGUCGAGGACUGUCGCGUAGGCGGUUGCGUAUUCUGGGAGAGGGGUUGUGGUCCAGUCUAUUGGGGCUUUGGUGAUUUCUGGUGGAGCUGGGCCGGACAGAGAGUCCGGGGGGAGAGUGUGGAGAGACAUUGUGGACGAUGGUGGAGUGGGUUUGUUGUGAGAGUAGAAAGGUGUGGUUGUGCGGCAGCGGAAGGGGUUUGCGGAUGAGAUGAAAGAUGGUCGAUAUGCAGAUUUAAAGUGGAAACUGGUUUUGUAGCUUGGUUUGUAC